AUGGGUCCCAAUGUGAAGGACAAUCCAAUGCCAAGUCAUGGUCCUUCAUCAGUGAACAAUAUAGAAGUUUGUCUCAAUGAACAACGUGUUACGAAGAUAGAGGAGAUUCGGCGGUCUUUGGUUGAAAUUCAUUCUGUUUUAUGUGCUCAUGGUCUAUUCCAACAUGACCACCAGAUCUGUGGUACAUGUUCAGUCAAUUCAAGAGGUUGUAGAAAGAUUCAAGAUGAUUUGCAAGGCGUCCUUGAUCAGGGUUUGAUUCAGAUUUCUAGACAAGUGAGUUCUCCAGAAUCACAAGAACAAGAGGUGAAUGUCAUCAUUCCUUGCUUCAACAUUCCAGAGAAAGUAGAGAUAGCUUAUCAUCCGAGGGAGCCAGUGGUGAUUUGCCCUCCGGGCCCAAUGCCUUACACUUCAGAUAAAGCGGUCCCCUACCGCUAUGCAGCAACUAUUAUUGAGAACGGUAAAGAGGUCGAGAUUAAAACCUUAGCCUCAGUUACCAAUAUCGCAGCAAAUAGCCGAAUGACGCGCAGUGGCCGCGUGUUCGCUCCGCCGGUUAUCCCAAGUAGAAAUGUUGAGAAAGAUCCAGUAGUCGUGGUACCAGUGACAAGAGAAGCAGAAGGGCAAACAAGCAAUUCAACCCUUGAUAAAGAAACAGAUGAACUACUUAGAAUUAUCAAGCUCAGUGACUACAAAAUGGUAGAUCAGUUGCUACAGACACCGUCAAAAAUCUCGAUCCUGUCCUUAUUAUUGAAUUCAGCUGUCCACAGAGAAGCACUACUGAAGGUGCUUGAUCAAGCCUUUGUAGAACAGGAUAUAACAGCAGAGCAGUUCAACAAUGUUGUAGGCAGCAUCACUUCGUGCAAUGGCUUAGGCUUUUGUGAUGAAGAACUGCCAGAAGAAGGAAAGAAUCACAACUUCGCUCUCCAUAUCUCAGCCAAUUGUCAAGGGGAUUCUUUGUCUAAUAUCCUAAUUGACACCGGUUCAUCUCUGAAUGUCAUGCCCAAGUCUACCUUGUUGAAGCUAAAGUACAAAGGGGGGCAAAUGCGGCACAGUGGAAUUAUUGUGAAAGCGUUCGAUGGAUCAAGAAAAACAGUCAUUGGAGAAGUUGAUUUGCCUAUUGGUAUUGGACCACACGUAUUCCAGAUCACUUUCCAGGUUAUGGACAUAGUGCCAGCUUAUAGCUGUCUGCUCGGACGCCCAUGGAUUCAUGAGGCGGGUGCCAUUACAUCCACGUUACACCAAAAGUUAAAGUUUGUCAAGAAUGGGCAAAUAGUGACGGUGAAUGGGGAGCAGGCUAUGCUGAUUAGCCACCUUUCAUCGUUUAGUGUGAUAGAAGUAGACGAGACGGUUGUUCAAACUCCAUUUCAGGCCCUGACCAUCGAUGAUUACAAGAAAAGUGAAGGUUCAAUCGCGUCAUUCAAAGACGCCCAGCAGAUUGUCAAGACAGGUCCUACAGAAAUGUGGGGCAAGGUGAUAGAGUUGCCAGAAAACGUUAACCAUGCAGGAUUAGGCUUUGUUGAUGGAAAACAAGUGCAGACUUCAGUGGUGCGACCUUUCAAAGAUAUCUUUCACAGCGGUGGGUUUAUCAACAUGGUAGCAGUUGAAGAGGAUACUUUUGGGAAAAAGACAGAAGACGAAGGCCCCAGAUUUGUGACACCAGGAAAAAUAAAGAAAGAAAAAACAAAAAAAAUGGAAUCGUCUCUCUCACAAAGCUCGUUCACCUCUCCACCGCUCAACUUCACUCUCGGCCGCUCCCCACCUCUCGCGAUGCUCUCUCUCAAACACUCUCACUCAAACUCUCAAACUCGUCUAACUCUCAAUCUCAAUCGCUCUCAAUCUCUGCAAGAAAUCGUGGCUGAAAAGAAAAAGGAGCUCACCUCCGGUGAUGGCGAUGGCAACGAUGGGGUUCGAACCUCCCUCUUUCACCUCUUCACAAGUGAAAUUUUUAGUGACAACUCAAAAGCAGUUUCGGUUGAGUACAAACAAAAACGGAACGGUUUGGGGAUGAACACGGGUAAGGUCCUCCUUUCUAAAUUGUUUGCCAUUGGAAGAUUUGACGUGUUUGGUGGUUUUGACGUGAGCUGUUAUUGCAGGAGGUGGCAUCCUAGGAUAAUCAUGACACAACAAGAAACAUGCGGGAACAUUCUUAAGAUCAUCAAAUUGAGGCUUCUCUCCACUUGA